CUCAUCUUUUCCUUUCUUCAGAUCCGAAGAAUUCUCUAUCUAAUCUCAUCUCCAUCUCCAUGGAUGGAGAGAAGCAGAAACAAAGAAAAACAAAAUAAACAAAAUCAAAAGAAAGAAGAAAACCAAGAAAAAUAAAAUGUCUACUACUACACAGCAAAGAUUCCCGCAAACAGGCUUUAGAAAGACAAUAAUAUGGAUCUUUGUCGUUCUUGGAAUGCUUUACAUUGUUUACUCAUCUCAUCUUCUUUUAAACAAAGAUCGCAAAUGUAUUAGUCAUGAAAAAGAUCUUGCAUUCCUUAACAACAUGACCACAUCAAUCCACAUCAAUGAGCAAGAACGACAGCAAGACACUUUAGACCCAAUUUUACUUCCUCAAAAGUCACAAACUUACAAUACAGAGCUCAAACAUAUCGUUUUUGGAAUAGCUGCAUCCGCCAAUCUAUGGGAAAAAAGAAAAGAAUAUGUCAAAAUUUGGUGGAGACCUAAAGAGACUAGAGGUAUAGUUUGGAUUGAUAAAAAGGUAAGAAGUAGAAGAAAUGAAGGAUUGCCUGAAAUAAGAGUUUCUGCAGAUACAUCAAAAUUUAAGUACUCUAAUAGACAAGGUGACAGAUCUGCAAUAAGGAUUUCAAGGGUUGUUUCUGAGACAUUAAGGCUUGGAUUAAAAGAUGUCAGGUGGUUUGUAAUGGGAGAUGAUGAUACAGUUUUUGUUGUUGAUAAUGUGGUUAGAAUUCUUUCUAAAUUUGAUCAUAGGCAAUUUUAUUAUAUUGGUAGCUCUUCUGAGAGUCAUCUUCAGAAUAUAUAUUUCUCUUAUGCUAUGGCUUACGGAGGGGGCGGAUUUGCGAUAAGUUUCCCUUUGGCUCAAGAGUUGGCCAAGAUGCAAGAUACUUGCAUUCAGAGAUAUCCUGGAUUGUAUGGAAGUGAUGAUAGAAUUCAGGCUUGUAUGGCUGAGAUAGGAGUGCCACUCACCAGGGAAGCAGGGUUUCAUCAGUACGAUGUAUAUGGAGACCUUUUAGGUCUUUUAGGAGCACAUCCUGUGACUCCAAUGGCAUCUCUACAUCACCUUGAUGUGGUAGAACCAGUGUUUCCUGGUAUGACUAGAGCUAAAGCUAUACAACACCUAUUUGAAUCUGUCAAGCUCGACUCAGCUAGCAUAAUGCAGCAAUCCAUCUGCUACGAUACCAAAAGGUACUGGUCAAUCUCAGUGUCUUGGGGAUUUGUUGUUCAAAUAUGGAGAGGAGUGGUUUCUCCUAGAGAGCUUGAGAUGCCAACAAGAACAUUUCUUAAUUGGUACCGAAAAGCUGAUUAUACUGCAUAUGCAUUCAACACAAGGCCUGUAACAAAGCACCCGUGUUUGAAGCCUUUUGUUUUUUACAUGACCACUUCUAAGUAUGAUCGAGCUAGGAAACAAACAGUCGGAGUCUACUCUCGCCACAGAGCUCGUCCUCCUUUUUGCCGGUGGAGGAUGGCAUCUCCAGAAAAAAUUAACUCUAUUGUAGUAUUGAAGAGGCCAGAUAUUAAUCGGUGGCAGCAGUCACCAAGAAGGGAUUGCUGCAGAGUUCUGCCAACGAACAGACCCUCAACUAUGUACUUAUGGGUGGGCAAUUGCCGAGACGGUGAGAUUAGUGGUUUAUAAUAGCAGUGAGGAACCUAUACUUCAUCUUUCCCAAAGAUUGCCCAAUGCAUUCAAGAAUAAAUAUCAAAUCAAGGGUAUCAAUGGAAAUAGAACUCAGAACAUCAAUUUUUAUAUCAGAUUUUCAAUUCACAUCACCGAGUAGAAAAUUUACCUACAAAUUUUCAUUCUUUGAUCUAUUCCAUCUAUGUAAAUUUGAUACAAGUUCACCAGCAAUCCUAGCUUUUGCUAAGAAAUUUUUAGAUGCUA